CGCUUCUGCUCGUGGGUACGUGUGGCAGCAGUUGCCUGGCUGAGAAGUCAUGUGUCUAUUUGAUCAAGCAUAUCUCUUCUCUGCAUGGAACUAGACUGUACAUGUCUUUCAAGAGGGAGGUUUCAAGACACUUCACAAUGAGCGUUGGGCGCAGUGGGAGGAAAUGCGAUGCAAGGGAAUCGGCGAAAGCGGCUCUUGGGCGGCACAGAAGCCACCACGCUGCAGUUUCCCUUCCUGGUGUUCCUCAGGGUGACCAAGCGCAAUGCGACGUUCGUGUGUGGUGGGACGCUGCUGGACACUCGCCGCGUCCUGACCGCAGCACACUGUCUGGAUGGCGUGCAGCAGCCACAGAACAUAACGGCCGUGCUGGGCGAACAUGACUACCCAACUUAUGAGGGAUCGGAGCAGGUUCGCGAGGUGCAGGAGGCGCGGCCGCACCACCUCUAUCAGGGCGACCCCAAGCUGGCUGCAGACCUCGCUAUUCUGGAGGUGCAUGAGCCAUUCCUGGUGUCGGGACAGUUGCACACAGCCACCCUGGGACAUGAGGAACCCCUAAUAGGCACCGUCUGUACUGCUGCUGGCUGGGGGACCACUGCAGAGUUUGGCCAAGUGUCUCCCGUGCUCUUGAUGGCCAAUCUGACAGUGGUGGAGAGGAGCCGCUGCAAGGACGCGAUCACGCCCCACAGACCCACUGCCGUCAUUGACUCGUCUGUGUUUUGUGCGGGUGGAGACGGCAUGCGCGACACGUGCGAGGGUGACUCGGGAGGCCCCUUGGUGUGCGGCGGCGUGGUGGCGGGCAUGGUAUCGUGGGGCGUGGGGUGCGGCCGCCUGGGGUUCCCUGGCGUGUACACAUCCCUGCCACAUUGGAGGGACUGGAUCACCACGCAAUUAAAUUCUCAGUCAGACACUUCACUCCCCUCACCACCACCACUGCCCCACUACCUGACUCCCGCCGCCCAGCAUGUUCCUUCUGAUGCAGAGUGAUGGAUGAAUGUAAUAGACUCUGUAAAUAUGAUGCCAGCGCUGAGCCAGUAGGUAAUUUUAAAAGGAUAUUAGACAAAACCAGGCGCAGUGUAUUCCCUUCGAUGAACAGUGAUAGAUGAAUGGGAAAGACUCAGUAAUCAGGUUGUUAGUGCCGGGUUAACAGGGAAAUUUAAAAGAAUAUUAGAUAUAUUCCCACCCUAUAAUGGCAUGCGAAUAGAGUGGUAGAUGAAUGAAAUAGACUCGGUAAUCUGGUUGUUAGUGCCGAGUCAAUAGGAAGCUUUAAAAGAAUAUUAGAGAAAUUUAUGGACAUGAAUAAUUGGUGGAAAAAUGUACGUAGGUUUUAUAUAGGGCCAGCCACGUGUAGGCCUAAAGGAUUCUUGCAUCUUUCCUUAUUUUCUUAUGUUUUCAUGUUCUCAACGAU